CGACAAUAACAUUCAGCACUCAGCACUCAACCACCCCAUUUCUGCUCUGGUGUAGUUACUACGACACUUUCUUUUUCCCGAGCAUGAGCGAUGCUCGCCUUGUUUUUGUAUCGCCUUUAAUAUUUCCUAUCAGAACACAUUGAAUUGGGAGUGCUGCAUCACCAGGGGAGGCACCCCACGGUAAUACACGGUGUGAUGGCAACAAAAAGCAAUGACUAUGUCCCGAGCCCACGGUGCUGUUGUGGAAGCAGCGACUGUGCUUUUCUCGCACACAAUGGGAAGCUCUUGGAGGGCCUUGAGCGGGAUGUGAGCAAAGCUGCACAGCUGGGCCAAGCCCUGCUCGUCCGCCACGAGGCCUACGUCGCCGACUCGGAGCGCGAGCGCAGGCAGAUGGUCACCACCAUCGAGAGCCUCGAGAAGGAGAAGCUGGCCCUCGAGGCCCGGAACACGCAAACCAUCAAGGCCAACCGCGACCUCCUCGACCAGCUGGAGCAGCUCAACGACGCCGUCUUCGACUCGGACGCCCAGAUCCAGGCCCUCACCGCCACCCUGCGCUCGACCGAGGAGGAACUGCAGCGGAUAAGCUCGCUUGCAGCCCAAACAGAAUUGCUGGAGAGGCAGCUGCUCGAGCUGGAGAGAGAGCAGUCGCAGCUGCAGAGCAGCCUCGACGCCAAGACUGUGGAUGAACGGACGGCCAUACAGCGGUGGAAGAGCGCGGAGAGGACGCUGGGUGACCUGCAGGACCAGAUUGACCGUAUCGAGAAGGAGGCACGGGAAGAGCUGGAUCGCCAUCUUGAGGUCGUGGCGCGCAUGGAACGGAGAAUGGUUGUCGAGAGCGAGCUGAACACGGCCGCAGGGAGACUCAAAGCAAAAGCUGGACAGGCCACGGGAGCCCCAAAUGUCGUCUCGCACUUUGUUAAGGAUAUCCUGCUGGACAAUGCAAACCUGCAACAUGGCAUACUGGAACUGAGGGAAAUGCUCGUGAAUUCAAACGAGGAGGUGGAGAAUCUCCGCGAGCAGCUGAAGGACCACCAACCCGUCUCUUCCUCGCCGACAGAGCACAGUUCAGUCAUGACACUGCAAAAAGAGUUGGAGAUGGGGCCAAUGCUGAACCAGGAACUGCACAUCCACCACCACUAUCAUGCACCCAAGCCUAUCAAGAACCUGCCCAAAGCCCCGAUCCAAGCUCAACGAAGACCAAAGAAGAAACGCUUCAGCCUAACUCCUUCCAACUUCGAUCCUUUCUCUCCGCAACUCGAACGCUCGUCAACAGCCACCAUCCUCUCCCAGACCGCUGUUACAGUGCCCAAUUCGCACCGUUGGUCAAGCGCCACGACCUUGGGUCCAGGCUCUGUUCCAAGUUCUCCAGUCUCCGAAUCGCAUCGAGGAUCUGUAUACGACCGAGUCUUCAGUGACGCAGCAUACGACUCCUCGAGGCCAACCAGCCCCCCUGAUUCGGUCGAUAUGCAAUCGCCCAGGUUCGGGCCUGUGCGCUCCGGCGACUACUCGUUCGAUCCAGACCAGACUCCACGCCACCGAAGACGCAGGUCUGCGAACUUGAAGCCACCCAGCCUCUUGGGGAUCCGUAGUGCGAGCACGCCAAUAUCCAUGACUGGCAAAAGUAGUCCUGCCACCGCCAUUGUGUCAGCUAUCAGCCCCGCCAACUCUUUCACAAACGACGUAUUCACGCUCUCGCCUUCGCCAUCCAUACAUCCUGAACCUCAAUCCGCAAUCCCAGAAGAAAGUGAAGAUAUAUCACCCGGCCCAGCAUCCGUUGCCUCCCCCGAAGAAGACGACAUGAUUCCCCCAAUAACACACACCCAAACCUACACUCGCCCCCGCCCCCCACUCCGCCGCCACGCUUCUCACGAAUCACUAAUCUCCGUCCACGGCAUGGACAUUCAUACCCUUCAAUCCCGUCCAUCGCAGCUCCUCAUCGGCACCUCCUCACACCUCGGCGCAGGAUCCGUCGGUCCUGAACUCACGCCUUGGACCGCCACUGCGCACGGCAUGCUCUCCCGCACACCCGUCGACAUUAACCGCGCGCUACUCGCGCAGAAACGGAGCGGUCCCAGGAAGAGCGAUGGAAACGGAAUCGGGCGGAAAGUAGGGGGCUGGGUGUUUGGAAAGUGGGGUGCCACGCCGGCUCCCGCAGUAGAGAGGCCAGCGAGCAUAUACUCGCAGCAGACGGCAUCGAGUCAAGAGACAGCAACGCCGACGAUAAGUCCAGAAGAAAGCAAGAAGAAAGAUAAAGACAAGUUGGCUGCAAAACUGCGACCAAGCGGUGUCAAUCAGUCAGGUCCAAUCUGGGGUUUCUUCGACGUCCCUGAAACACCAACAACGGUCGUGGUGCAGGACUAUGAUGCUGAUGCGCUGGGUGAGGCGCUCGCUGACGAGUAAUCCUACGCAAAGUUUCCUAUGUUGUGAUAUUUUACCCUCUUUUUCCCUUCCUGUUUUUCCUUAUGUCUUCUGGGGCUAGCUGGCUUUUCAUUAUUGCAUUUUGUGUUUGGUUAGACAUACAUAUCCUUUCUUUCGUUUCGUUUCGUUUUACGACGUGCGUUGAUGUGUGAGAAGACGCAUCGCUGAGAUGGGUAGAUGGUUGAAUUGCAUAGAGAUGAGAUUGGAUGAGGAUGAGGAUGAGAUUGAUACAUAUACCCCCGCUGACGACCACGCGGUAGUCCCGUUUCUUUUGUACAUGGUAGUCAGUAGUAGACGGUGCAGACGAAGUUGAGUUCUAAUGGAGAGGCUAGAUGUAUAUACACUCGCAAGAAGAGUUUGGGUGCAAGAAGGAUGUUUAUAUAUUACUAUGCAGAGAGAUGCAAUAUCUUGCGAAGGGGUGUGAUCAUGUUCUGAC